AUGUCAACAUCGGUGGGCAAUAUUAACGGCCAACAUAGGACUGCUGCCGGAUCCGAGGACGAUGGGGUGGAUCACAUUGGCAUCGAUACCCCACGUUCGGGCAUCGCUACACCGCAACCUGAUCUCCAGGAUAAGCGGCUCCCGAGUAUCAUGAGCUCUUUUGGACAGGUUCGUUACUUUUUCAACCUUUUUUCGUUUAGCACAUCCUCUACGACUGGACUAGCUACGAAUGCGUCCUCGAAUAAUACCAUUUCUGGCGACGAGAGGCCGCACCGUUCUGCUUCUGCUUCCCCUUCUUCCCAAUAUCUCGACAGCCCCAAAACAUUGCCUCCUGAAGUGGCCGAGCUCUCAGAUGACAAAAUUUCCCCCCUUUUGCUCGAUAAGGCUGCUGCUAUGUCUGUGAAGCAACUUCCUUCAUCUGGCAACGGGCUCUCCCCAUACCCCACCCCUCCUACCUCACAACGCGGGUCUCUGCAGUGUGGCGUUUUGGGCGACACCAGUGGUGAGGGAGGCAUAUGUGGGCAUACUACUGCUGUUGCACCUUCACGCAGCCGCAACCAGAGUAGCUCCGAUGUCGUCCAACGGCAGACUGCCGGCCCGUCCAAAACCCUAGCAUCCGUUGUCACACAGCCGUGUAGCGUGCUUGCCAAUUAUUUUUCUUAUAAACAUCAACAAAGUUCUGCUUUUGUUUCGUCAUCUCCAAGCCAGGAUGAGGGGAGUGUUACGUCUUUGUGCAAAAAGCCAGCGAGCACUGCGCAUCCCACGAAGCUAACGAGUGAGGGUAAAAAGAGCGGCCACUCUACGCCAACUCGAUCUCUAGCCACGACGCACGCAUCGCGGAGUGGUAGUCACGAAGACAAGGCCAACGGCACUAGCACCGGCACGAGCACGCCGUCACUUCGGUCUGGGGAGCAGGUGGCAGCGCCUAAGGGCAAACUCACGGUCAAAAUCACCGAGGGCAGGGGGCUCAGGAAGUGCCGGGACCCCUAUGUUGUGGCGGUUUGCCAACGAAGCGAGCUGAUAUCUGGCGGCCCGAGGACCUUCGAGGAUGAGGAUGAGUUAUCAGUCUCGACCCCACUCGGCGGGGUUCCCAUCUCACGUUCAGGCAGUGACAUGGGUAGGACCCCCAUGGCCAUCCCCAUGAGGAGCCGACAGAGCAGCAACACAAGUGUUACCGAGUACAACACCUUUAGGAACCGAACGAAGCGGACGUUUUCAAGGCCAAAGUGGGAUGCGGAGGCUGUCUUCGACGUCAACGACAAGGACAUGCGUGUGGAAAUCACCAUCUGGGAGCAUGGCGCCAAUGGUGAAGAAUUCUUGGGCUCCGUCGAGCUCGAGGCGAAUAAGGAAUUUCCACUGAGGGGCUGGUUUCCGCUUGUUGGACACGCGGACACCGUGGCAGAGAACGCACCUACUGGAGAGAUAUAUGUCGAGGCCGUGUACGAGGAGACAGGCCGUAAACACUACGGCCCCGACGACUUCGAAAUUCUCAAACUUAUCGGGAAAGGCACUUUCGGCCAGGUUUACCAGGUGCGCAAAAGGGACACGAAGCGCAUUUACGCUAUGAAAGUGCUCUCCAAGAAGGUCAUCGUCCAAAAGAAAGAAGUGGCACACACUGUUGGGGAGAGGAAUAUCCUGGUUCGGACAGCAACCUCAAAUUCGCCCUUUAUCGUCAGCCUUAAGUUUUCAUUCCAGACACCCUCAGAUCUCUACCUUGUUACAGACUACAUGUCUGGAGGUGAGCUAUUUUGGCAUUUACAAAAGGAGGGCCGCUUCGAGGAGAAGCGGGCAAAGUUCUACAUCGCCGAGCUCAUUCUCGCCAUACAACAUUUGCACAAUAACGACAUAGUAUACCGGGAUCUCAAGCCCGAAAACAUCCUCCUCGACGCAACAGGUCACAUUGCGCUGUGCGACUUCGGUCUAUCAAAGGCAGAUCUGGCGCAGAAUGACACAACCAACACUUUCUGCGGCACAACCGAAUACCUCGCCCCUGAAGUGCUACUGGACGAGGCGGGCUACACAAAGAUGGUGGACUUUUGGUCGCUGGGCGUUCUAGUCUUCGAGAUGUGUUGUGGUUGGAGCCCGUUCUAUGCCGAGGACACACAACAGAUGUACAAGAACAUUGCCUUUGGCAAGGUACGGUUCCCCAAAGACACCUUAUCUGUCGAGGGGCGAAACUUUGUUAAGGGUCUCCUCAACCGGAACCCAAAGCACCGGCUGGGGGCCACCAAUGACGCUGAGGAGCUGAAGCAACAUCCAUUCUUCCGGGAUGUUGAUUGGAACGCAUUGCAAAAGAGGCAGAUCACACCACCCUUCAAGCCGAAAUUGAAGUCGGAGACAGAUGUUUCCUACUUUGACCCUGAAUUUACCAACGCGCUGGACACGAAUGGUUCGCUCAACGAGCGCGCAGCUCAGUUAGCCAAGGGAGUAGGAUAUGGGAACUCAACACCCCUUUCACCAUCGGUUCAAGCGAAUUUCCAAGGCUUCACCUUCACAGGGGAGAGCACCCUAGAGGAGAAUAUGAGGGACCGGUACGGUAACGACGACGAAGAUAUGGAUGAUUUUGAUCGAGUCAAGGAAGACCACGACUGGGACGACUUGGACGACCUGAACACUCGCAACGGCAACCGCAUGAGCGGCAUCGUUCGGUCGACGGGAAACGACGAGCACAUGUUCAGCAAUUCCCAGUUUGACAUGUAA